UAUUGUUGAACGCGCCACAAAGUGGAUACACGUGGGAAUUUGCAGAGCUGUUGGCUUUCAGUGAUUUUUUCGUCACCUUUCCAGACCAAAGAAUGGUGGGGGAAUAUAUUUAAGGACGAGGAGGAGACAAGGUAGAAGAAGUAGUAGAACCAGAAACUAAUUUUGGUCAAGCGUACUACGUCGCUGUAAGUAUGAUUAACACACUGUAUUGAUUUGCGUAGACUUCUACACUCUUUGAUAUGCGUACUACACUGUAUUGGUUAAGAUGUAGCAGGCUUCUACUCUGUUCGCUUCUCCUCUCCUCUAUCUCUCUGUUCUCUCUGGCACUUCUCUCUAUGGGUUAAGAUGUUGGUAGUGGUGCAAUUAAAAACCUCAGAUGACUCGCGAAUCUCUAAUACCUGCUUCGACCUCUUGACGAACACCUGACGAAAAAUUCCAGCGCUCUGCGAUUGCCAGACGACAUCGUUUUUCUUAGUCGAUUGUCAAAGUCAGCGCGCUCUAGCAUGCGUUUCCAUCUUCAGCCAUCGUUUCUUCAACACCUCGAAGAAAGUCUCUUUAACGCUACGCUCGAACCUGCAACUUUGUUAGCGAUAUUGAGGAUUUACGAGAAAGCCGCGGCAGCUAGUGGUAUGUCUAUUUUACUUUCUGUUCUAACUCCAGAAGCAAGCAUGUUGUAGGUUAUUUAUUAUAAAUAUUUCCCAGCCAACAUGAUGUCGGUUGUAUACCGUUCUUCGUUGAAGCACGCACUAAAUUAAAUGAGUCGUUAAUCAAAUACCGACAACAGAAUUCAAAUGGUGCAUCAUAAAGAUAAAGAUGAAAGUUCUUGUUCCGCUUGAGAAAGCAGGUAAAACUGCGGACGGCGGACUCCAUCCUAUCCUAUAGUCCUUGUUCUUCCUAUCCACUUACUUUCUUUCUCCUACACCUCCACAAUCCUAUCCUUGUUCCUAUCUUAUCCUCCUACACAACACCAUCCUAUCCUAUCCUUGUUCCUCCUAUCCACUUACUUACUUUCUCCUACACCUCCACAGGUUUUCUCCAGCGCGUCUUGUCGAGUCUCGAGGAUGCGGACGCUGAUGAGUUGAUCACCAACUAUAGAGACGUCGACUUGGUGAUGUCUCUAGCUCUUGUACACAGACAACAAUUCUCUGCUCAGCUGAACGAGAGCCUCACAGCAGCGGUGAUGAGAAACUUUCUGAGACUUUUGGAGUCUAGAAAUGAAGAGCAGGGACGAUUGCCAAUCAUGGGGAGUGCACUGGAGUCUAGAAAUGAAGAUUAAGGCUUGGGAGUUGACCUAUCAUCUAAGAGCGUCUCUAUGGCUAUCUCAUGUAGGAAAGCCAUAGAAAUGCGAGCUAGAGAUGCCAACUUUCAACCUCUAAGAAGAGCAGGGACGAUUGCCAAUCAUGGGGAGUGCAACUAGUUGUAGAGAAGGAAGUACACCUACUAGUUCUUGUAGAGAACAAGGAGGCGAAGCCGCUGUUGUCACUGACGAGUUUGAUUUAGACCAUGUUGUGACCUUAGCAGAGAGGAUGCAGAGGGAGUUACUUCAAGACUCGGUGCUGGAAAUGGUCGUGGCUAGCCCGCCUCCUACUUCUGGUUUCAAAGCUAUUUUCAGUACAGAAGUUCUACCAGCAUUGGAAAGACGCAUCGUUGGCGAAGUGGAGGAAGCCAGGAUAUCUUUUUCUUCAUCACGACUGAACCUGAAGCCAACAGUAACAGAUUUGGGUGCGAUGGUCAGAUUUUUAGUGCUUCUAGGUGAAAAUGAUGCUAAAGUGUCGGCUGCAACGGCAGCGGUUUUCGUGAGAUUUGUUGGUAAGGCAAUAGCGGAAGACGAUGGGUCAGCAAAGGAGAGCUUCCGUGAAGCGCUUGAGAGCUUGUAUAGUUCAAACGGAGGACUCGAAGUCUUUCUUACUAGAACGAUGCGAGCCUUGCAUAAGCAUGUUUUUAGCGGCAGUGACGAGUUCGUUCGUGUCAGACCUGCUCCUUUGACACGGAAAAAGUUAUCCAAAGCGGGAGAGGCCAAGCAUGAAGGAGACCUUCCUGAAAGUCGUCGAGGUGUCAGCUUCUCGACUGCAGACGAACGAGAUGAAGCACAACAACAGGGGGGCAAGACUCCUUCUCGUAUUAUCACAGCGAAGAAUCUUCAGCAAGAAAAACGCGCAUAUAAUUGGUUGGAAACGCAAUUGAGAACUUUUUCAAAAGAGUGCGAUUCAACAGCGAGUGUCAGGCUCUUCACCGAAGUGUCUUUAUUUAGGAGGCCGAAAGACGAUCUGGGCAAUUGGGUAGACGCACAUCUGAAUCAUGGUAUUGUUAUAGGCACCUCCACUUCCACGACGAGUGCACCAGACCUUCAUGCUCCAAUUACGAAAAAGAGCAAAACUUCAACAUUAGCAGCUGGUGCAAGUGGGAUAAUGUUGGGCAAGAUGAAGCCUACUGUAGCACUAGCACCUACUAGGGAAACGACUUUUUCUUCUCAAGCUGAAGGACGAGCAACAGGACAAGAAGUACUGCUAGGCAAACACCAUCAACAAUAUUUGUCUGAUAGAGAAGUGCAUGAUUUACUCUGUGCACUCUGCUGGACCUCGGAUGCAGACCGAAGUGCCUUUUUGCAGUCGCUGUUUGUGAAAUUAAAAAAGCGAGUGGAACUUUCAGUCGAUUCUGACGAGUCAGGACUUUUGGUCGAAUCAGUUUUGCCAUUGCUCGGGUUUGGGGAAGCAGAGUCUACACUGCUCAAGAACUCGUCUCCAACAUCCAAGGACCUCAAGCUAGAAUCGACACGGACACGACCCCGGACAGGAGAACAGAACUCCACAACAUCCGACUCCCAGAGAGAGAAUAAGGACCCAUCCAAGGACCUCGAGGUAGAAUCGACACGGACACAACACCAGGCGGAGGAUGCCCUUUCCAACGCUGAAUCCUUCACGGGCCUUGACGAAGAGAAGGCCGCAUUAUCCACCGAUCCUGAGGAGUCGAAAGCGGGAGCGACAGCGAUCCCCAACAAGGCAGAAAAUAACUUCUUCACAACAUCCGACUCUCAACAGGCAGAAGAUAGAGUCGAAAAACCUCUCACUACAACUACAAGUACAAGUACAGCCUUAACAAGUGCCCUAGAAGCAUCUGCAUCGCCAGCGCUCAAGACAACAGUCUUAGACCCUCUUUCGCCUGCUGUGGACUUCCAACUCAAACAGAAGUUGCUUUCUUGUCUGCGAAGCUUACAAGAAGAUCAGAAGUCCAAAGCUGAAGGUUUUUUGUCCUCUUCCUCGUUCGAAAUUGUUGGGGAUGAGGGAGUAGUUCCACAUCCACGAAGGAUCAUAAGCUUGGGUAGAAGUAGUUCCACAAAGGACACAGUCGUAGAAGUAGCGACGGGACUAGUAGAGGAAAGUAAAGAGAACCACGAGCCUCAGGAGAAAGUAAAAACCGUGACAACUACCCAAGAAGGAGAACACGGCAACAAACUAGAGGCCAGCCACCACGUCGUCGUAGUAACUGGUGAGGGAGGAGAUGACAUCAUAGUGUCUAAUGUGGCCACGAAGCCAAAGAACACGACCACAAACUACAUUCAAUUGUUACUGCAUCAUGAGCUACAAGAAUCGUCUAGGAAACCUAGUAGCGCCGCCUCUCCUGCUCCUGCAACACCCCGCUCUAUCUUCCUAGAACUCGGUGAAGAAAGCGAUUUCAACAACCCCUGGGCCUGCGCGAGACGACGUGUAUGGGUGGAUGAUAGAUACGGCAUCGAUGCUGAAGUCUACCUAGUUCCAACGGAAGUAAUAUCGUCUCUAGAAGAUGGUGCUGAGCUUGGCGCACAUCUGUUGAAGGAGUGUCCCAGCUUACAGCAACGAUUGGGAAAGCCACUGGCCCUGGAGAGAGAGCAGCCGCUUGUUGGGUCUCUCGAAAGAGCAGGAGUUGAAGAUUCGGCUGAUUGUUCAUCGCUUGAUUCUUCGUCAUUGCCACCCCAGGAGCACCAAGAUUCUGCUACUUCUUGCGCCUCUGCAAAUGACAGCAACUUACGGCUUCCCCAUGUUCACCUUGAGAGGCACCGUUGGUCCCCUUUCAAAAAGAAAAACACGUCAAAGAUGACGCUCAAGCUCAAGGUGAACAUAGGAAUAUAGGUCGUAAGGUCUAACCAACGUCGGCGGAGAUGAAGUAGUUCAAGACAAAAUCUCAGCAUGCACACCUACCACACCAACACCAGAUGAAGAAGUAGACGUGCACGGUGAGAUUAUAGUUAAGGCUUGCCCUAAUCCACCUCUAUUUAGGGAUCCCUCAAGCGUAGAGGCGCGCCAAUCAAGCGUACAAGGGGAAUUAUACUGUUGACGCAUAUAUUAUAAUAUAAUUCUCAUAGGACGAGGACCAUUUUUAUCUCGGAGACCGAGACCGAAUUAUAAUAAGCACGCUUCUUGAGGGAAGAUUUCCACAGGGAUGAAUUACGGAGAGGUCUAAUAUAGCAAUGUUGGAAAGCCACGCUGAGCUUAUCACGGAAGCAUACCCCGAUUAAGGCUUCAAGGAAUCCAUCUCAGCCAGCAUCUUGUGUCCGUUUCUUUCUUAAGGGAAAACGGGCAUCAAGAUCAAGAUCCUCUACAACGAACAGGAUGGAUUUCUUCCAGCUCUAAGCCGAACUGCUGACGAAAUUAGAAGACGCAACUGCGGUUGGCGACGAGGUGCAAUUGUCCAAUAUGUUGAACGAUUUGCGCAGGAUAGUAGACAUCAGGGAUCACAUGGAUUCUUCUUCUAAGAGUGGUGGUGUGCUGGAGCCUAUGAUUCUUGGGUCAGAAGAACAAGAGCCACGACCACAAGACGAAAGUGAGGAACAUGCACAGGAAAGGAAACUAUUCGAAGGAAGUGAUACAACGAGGGAACAAAUAGUAGAUUCUGCUAGUCACGAUAAUAUUUUUAGUGGUGGUAGCAACAUGGGGGCACAUCAGAUGACUCACGACCAGGCCUCCGAACAAGGAAGAGAUGUUGUCCUAGAAGACCGGAGGGCAAAAGACGACCCCCAAGAGCAGUCCGAAUCUGAGUCUGUACAAACUGAAAUCGCUACGAUUCUUGAGAGUCACGUAGAGUUAGUGACGAGCCAUCCGAUGUUGAUAACAAGACUUGAAGAAGCGCUACCAAUCGGGGAUGAAGCACAAAUGAAGGAGAUUCUAGUGGAAAUGAAGAAAAUUACUGCUGCUCAACAUGUUGUUGCUCAUGAUGCAAGAACCACUACUUCUAUGAGUUGUACUAGAGAGCUGGCAGCAGGAGCCAGAGGCAAAGUGAUUGAUCCUGCUAUCACAGCUUUGGGGGAUGCAAUACCGGAAGUAGUAGGUGCUCAAGCACAAAGUAGCACUAGCAGUGGUAGUAGUCUGUCUGCAAGUAGUAUCACUAGUAGACGAGUUUUGUCUCCUUCUUCGAUUAUAAAUAAUACUAGAUCAAAUACAACAACAACAACUACUACUGCCUCAACUUCUGCAACAGCAACUGCCUCUCUUCCAACAUCGAUGACGAAAGACUUCACUCCUGCGCCAAUAGAGGACAUUCUUUCAGCGGAGAAAGCGAGAGAGCGAAAAGCAAGGCGACUCGCCGCAGAAAAACUACAGGUGGACACGGAAGUCGAGCGGGAAUUCUUUCUGCCUGAAGUUAAGGUCAACAUUUACUAGUGUCCAACAUCUUUCUCGGCAUCUCGGUACCCUUUUCCCUUGUAUUCUCAUGAGAUACAAGGUAGAAGGGGUCUUCAAGAUCAUGAGGCGACCGAGCAGAUGCAAUCUAGCAGAGUCUAACGAAGGCUACUCAACUCCGUCUACCUCGUCCGCUUCCAGGUCUUUGUGGGAUAGGACAAAAAAUGCCGCCGCGAAAAUCAAUGACGCCUUUUUUGGAUCUUCCUCUUCUACUCUUCGUGCUUCAAAGAACGACAGCUCCUUAAAAACGAAGAAACUACAGUGUCCGCUUCCUCUAGACGAAAAGGUGCAGGUGAAGUCACGAAGUAGGUUCCGGAAAAUGAUGUCUAAUUAUGUGACUGGUGGACCACAUGGAGGAUAGCACAUGGCACAUGUUGGAGGAGGAUUAUAGCACUUUAUAAGUGCAAGGAAGUGAAUUUAAAGUGUAAUAUCCAUCGUGAAUCUAAAGUGUAAUACAAAUCUUCGAUCCAUUCUUUUGUUCAAGGAUCGCUUUGUGGAAUAAUCAUAAUCAACAUGUUGAUGAUGUCAUCAGCAUACCAAGAACACGAAUUUUUUAUGAAUCACACGACUGUCAAAGAGCAAAUCAUACUCUGAAAAGUCAAUGUCUUUGCUGAAGGAAGCAUACCUCGUUCGCUGUGAAAAAAUUGAAUUCGACCAAGCAGCAUGAUGUCCUCUGCUCGUUCUUGCAUGUGAACUUCUCGUUCUUGAACAUCUCCGU